AUGAAGCUGGUCCUCCUCUUGUGCCUGACGCUGAUCAGCCCUCAGCUGGCCUCCCUCCGACGCCACAACUCUCGUGAGACAAAGAAGAAAAUCAAGGAACCCGCUGUCCAUGACACAGUGGCCCCCAGCACCAGGGAAUUCACCUUUGACCUCUACAGAGCCUUGGCUUCCAAUGCCCCUGGACAGAACAUCUUCUUCUCUCCCCUGAGCAUCUCCAUGAGCCUGGCCAUGCUCACCCUGGGGGCCCGCUCCAACACCAGGGCGCAGAUCCUGGAGGGCCUGGGCCACAGCCUGCAGCCCGGCUCGGAAGAGGAACUCCACAACACCUUCCAGAAGCUUCUGCAGGAGCUCAGUCAGCCCAGAGAGGGCCUCGAGCUCAGCCUCGGCAACGCCCUCUUCAUGGACCCUAUAGUGAGCGUUCAGGAGGGCUUUCUGAGGGCCAUGAAGACUAUGUACCAGGCGGACAUUUUCCCCACCAACUUUGGGGACUCCACAGAAGCCCAGAAGCAGAUCAAUGACUACGUGGCAAAGAAAACCAAGGGCAAGAUUGUGGACUUGAUCCAGAACCUCGACAGCACCCACAUCAUAGUGAUGGUGAAUUACAUUUUCUUUAAAGCUAAGUGGGAGACAGGCUUCAGCCCCGAAAACACCAAAGAGCAAGAUUUCCACGUGAACUGGGACACCACCGUGAAGGUGUCCAUGAUGAACCGUGAGGAUCAAUAUUACUACUUCCUGGACCGCAACCUCUCCUGCGAGGUGGUGGGGGUCCCCUACGAAGGCAACGCCACUGCCCUUCUCAUCCUCCCCAGCGAGGGCAAGAUGGUGCAGGUGGAGAACGGCCUGACCGGGAAAAGGCUGGGGAAGUGGCUUCACUUGCUCACCAAGAGGCAGCUGGACCUUUACCUUCCCAAGUUCUCCAUCGAGGGCUCCUAUCAGCUGGAGAAAAUCCUGCCCAAGAUAGGGAUCAGCCAAAUCUUCACCUCCCAGGCCGACCUGAGCGGCCUCACCAACCACUCCAACAUCCAGGUGUCCGAGAUGGUGCACCGCGCCGUGGUGGAGGUGGACGAGUCAGGAACCAAAGCAGCUGCAGCCACAGGGACAGUCUUCAUGUUCAGGUCGGCCCGACUGAGUUCUCAGAGGGUCGUGUUCAACAAACCCUUUCUGCUGGCCAUCGUGGAAAACACGGACUUCCUCUUCUUUGGCAAAGUGACCCAACCCUGA